GAGAAAAAGUUGCUGUGGGAAAAAAAAAAAAAAAAGAUAAUCUUCGCCGUGGCUGGAAUUUUGGUAGAUGGUGCUUGGCAUACAGUGUUUAUAGCUGCAUAAUGACCUCUUGUGAAAUGGCAAGUGAAAGAAAUAUGUGAAUCAAUGUUCAAUACGAGGACUCGAAUAAUUUCAGCGGCAGUGAAAGUGGCUUCGGGCCACAGUGCCACCUGGGCAAAAGCAGAAGGCUGACCAAAUGAGGUUUGUUUUCUCCUGUUGGGUCUUAAUCAAGUUAUUGCCCAAUUCAAUCGUCAUAAUUGAUAUCACGUGACCGAAAUGAGUGGUGUGCGUUAUAUGCUUAAGUGCCAAGUUUAAUCUGAAAAGGAGAGCAUAACGAAAUCUGCAGCCGAGGUGCCAACGGCGAAUUAGUAUCCAAUAGUUCGCCUCGAUCUAGACGAUUGACGAUGAAAACUUGCGACUAGUCAAGUCAGUAUGGAAUGUUGCCAGCCUUCCGUCACGUGCAAAUGGGGAUUUGGGAAUCGUAGGGCGAAAUAAAGUCGAAAAAGAUGACAGAAAGCGAGAAGCUUCAAAGAAAACGGUCGUCGAAGCGGCACUGAAUCGAUCGUGGCCCGGGAGGUCCCGCCAUAUUGUGGUGCGAGUGAGGAAUAUCUGUGCAUUACUUCAGUGUGAGUGUGUGGGGUAGGUGUCGGCGGUACCGGCUGCUGCAGAACUGCUCUUUCGGAUGUAUACUGUCUCUCUUUCAGCUUCUGGACGGUGAAACUUAAGUCCUUUUGUCGUGUGGAAAGUGAAUGUGUUAAAAGGAAGGAUCUCCUCUUCUAGUGAGAACUGCACAUUAGCUCUCUCGGAGUUAAUAACCAGAAAGGGGCAUACCGUGAAGGCACGCUUGGUGUGGUGUGGCCCUAGUUGGGAGGGUCAUCCAAGGCCUUGAGGAGGCGAGGGGCGCACACCUUUACCUCCCCCUCUCACACCCACACUAGCCACAGUCAUGCUGGAACCAAGCAGUUCCGAGGAAGAAUCUGAGGGUGAGGUUCAGGAGGAGCCCGGUCUUCACAGGAACCAUCCCACCCACUCCGGGGGAGGACCCGCCCAACAUGCCACAGAUGGGGCGCCCGCUGUUGCGGCUCCCGCCCACCCGUCACUCCAGGUGCCAGGCCCUAAUACCAAUCUACCUAGGCGAUCGAGCAUUAGGGCAGGCCAAGGGUAUGACAGUAGAAGCGGGUCUCCGGCAAGCACCCUCAGCGUGGACACCCUCAGUGUCGGGGGAGUGUCCAAGGCCAACUCCCUCCCGAGGCCCACUUCUCCUUCUCCGUCGGUCAUGAGUGACAAGACUAUGACCCAGGAGGACCCAGCGGAGAAGCAAGAGAGGGAAGAGGAGGAGAGAAAGCGCCGUCUCCAGCUGUACGUCUUCAUCCUUCGGACCAUCUCGUACCCCUUCAAUGCCAAGCAGCCCACUGACAUGACCAAGAGGCAGAUCAAAGUCUCCAAGCACCAGCUCGAAACCAUUCAGGGAAGAUUCCAGAGUUUCUUGAAAGGAGAGCUGCAGAUCGCAGCGGACGAGGCAUUUACGAAUGCCGUCCAGAGUUACCACGAAGUAUUCCUGAAGAACGAGCGGCUGGCCUCCAUGGUCGCGUCCGGGGCGUGUUCUCAGCACGACCUGAGGGAGGUCUUCAAGCACAACGUUGAAAAGAGAGUCAGAUCUCUACCAGAAAUCGAUGGCUUGAGCAAAGAGACAGUGCUUACAUCUUGGAUGGCCAAAUUCGAUAUGAUUAUUAAAGGAGAAGAAGACAGCAAGAGACCGGGCAGAAUGCAGCAGACUCUGAACAGCGAACUUAUUAUGCCCAAAGAACAGCUGUUCGACAUGUUUCAACAAAUUCUUGGCAUUAAGAAGUUUGAACACCAGUUGCUCUUCAAUGCGCUGCAGCUGGACAGCCAGGAUGAACAAGCAGCAGCAAUUAGGAGGGAGCUCGACGGACGCAUGCAAAAAGUGGCCGAAUUGGAGCGGGAAUUAGAAGGUCUAAAACGGGACCCAGAAAACCGGAAGUUGAUGCCCAAAUUUGUUGUGAAAGAGAUGGAGUCGCUCUACUUGGAGGAACUUAAAACAUCUAUCAAUCUUCUUAUGGCCAACCUUGAAAGUCUUCCUGUCUCAAAAGGUUCGCAAGAAGGAAAAUAUGGUUUAAAAAACCUCAGAAAAUAUAAUCACAGCCGGAGACGCAGCUCAGUCUUAAGGCAGGUAGCCGAGUGCAUGUCCGUUGUAUCUCGCUCGCUCGGACUGACUCCCUUUUUGGCACACUAUUUGCAAGUGUAUGGCUCUGUCAGCAGGUCUCAGAGCUCCUUGAGUGGACGGGAUAGUGACUCCAUGGAUAAUGAAGUUACGCUUUCCAAGAUGGAUGUUGUCCUUUCCUUUUGUUUAGAGGUGCUGGUGAUGGAGGUACGUGAAAUUAAGCAUUUACCUCCUAACAGAAUAGUUUAUUGUACUAUGGAAGUUGAAGGAAGUGGAGAAAAGUUACAAACAGAUCAAGCAGAAGCAUCUAAACCAAUGUGGGAUACACAAGGAGAUUUUACUACUACUCACCCAUUGCCUGCAGUGAAGUGCAAAUUGUAUACUGAAUCAGCCUCAAUGCUUUCUUUAGAUGAUAAGGAAUUAGGCAGAGUUGUUUUACACCCAACAGCAUUAUCCUCUAAGCAACCUGAAUGGUACAAGAUGCAAGUACCCAAAAACUCGCCAGAAAAUAAUUUGAAGAUAAAAAUAGUUGUAAGAAUGGAUAAACCACAAAACCUUAAGCAUUGUGGGCACCUAUACACAUUAGGAAAAAGUUGUUGGAAAAAGUGGAAAAAAAGAUAUUUUUGUUUGGUACAAGUUUCACAGUAUACAUUUGCAAUGUGUAGUUACAGAGAAAAAAAGAGUGAACCCACAGAAAUGAUGCAGCUUGAUGGAUAUACAGUAGAUUACAUUGAGCCUGUGUCAGCACAACUCAUGGUAGGAAUGGAUUUGGAGGGAGGUAGGUUUUUUUUCAAUGCCGUCAGGGAGGGUGAAUCCAUACUGUUUGCUACAGAAGAUGAAAAUGAGUCCCAUCAGUGGGUCACAGCCUUGUAUAGAGCUACUGGACAGGCUCACAAACCUACGCCGCCCAUCAUGCCUCAAGGAAAGAAUUCCACGUUAUCCAAAAUUCAAGGAGAUGCAGAUAAAGCCAAGAAACAUGGAAUGGAUGAAUAUAUUAGUGCAGAUCCUGUUAGAUUUGAUCAUCAUAAUCUAUUUAGAUUGCUACAGUCUCAAACUUUAGAAUACCGUCUUAUUGAUCCCUACUGUUCCUUGGGAUGGUUUAGUCCUGGUCAAAUUUUUGUACUUGAUGAAUACCAGGCUCGUUAUGGUGUCAGAGGGUGCUAUAGACAUCUUUGUUAUCUUGAGGAUCUUCUAGACAGAGCAGAAAAGGGUCAAAUGAUUGAUCCAACCCUCAUUCACUACUCCUUUGCCUUCUGUGCCUCCCAUGUUCACGGGAAUAGACACCAUACUACAAGCCCCGCCGAAGAUGGGACAUUGACAGUAGGCCAAGAACAAACCCAAGGCCAAAUAGCCCCUAACGUUCCAUUUCCAACAAGACCUGAUGGUGUGGGUACCGUCCUGGCAGAAGAAAAGGAGCGCUUCCAAAAUAUCAAGGAUAGGUUAAGGGUCCUACUUGAACACCAAAUUACUAAUUUUAUGUAUUGCUUCCCAUUUGGUCGGCCAGAAGGUGCCCUUAAAGCCACUUUGUCCUUAUUAGAGCGAGUACUCAUGAAAGAUAUUGUUACGCCUGUACCACCAGAAGAGGUGAGGGGCAUGAUCAAAAAGUGCCUAGAAAAUGCUGCUCUCCUUAAUUACACUCGUCUGUCUGCUGAGACCAAAAUCGAAGGUGGAGAAGCUACCUUACAAGAGGAUCUUAGUGGUGAAAAUGCUGUAUCAGCAAGCAGAAAGUUAGACGACCUUAUUCACCUAGCAGAAUUGUGUGUAGACCUCCUUCAACAAAAUGAAGAACACCAUGCUGAGGCAUUUGCUUGGUUCAGCGAUCUUUUGGUAGAACAUGCAGAAAUCUUCUGGUCUUUAUUUGCUGUAGAUAUGGACCAAGUGUUAGCAGAACAGCCCCCUGAUACAUGGGAUUCAUUCCCUCUCUUCCAAAUACUCAACGAUUACCUUAGAACUGAUGACAACUUGAAGAAUGGGCGGUUUCAUCAACACCUGCGUGAGACUUUUGCACCCAUGGUAGUACGAUAUGUGGACCUGAUGGAAUCCUCGAUAGCUCAGUCCAUUCAUAAGGGCUUCGAGAAGGAACGGUGGGAGAAUAAGGGGAAACCAUCUUCACCGGACUCGGAACCCCCCAAAAAAGUGGAUCCAGUGGCCCUCGCCAGGAAUGGCUGUGCUACCUCAGAGGACCUCUUCUGGAAACUGGAUGCCUUACAGUCUUUUAUUAGAGACCUCCAUUGGCCAGAUCAUGACUUUGCAAAACAUCUCGAACAAAGAUUAAAGCUGAUGGCCUGUGAUAUGAUCGAGUCUUGUAUUACUAGAACAGAUCAAGCAUUCCAGAUGUGGCUCAAGAAGGGUACAGGGUUUGUCUCCACAGAUUAUGUCCUUCCUUCCGAGAUGUGUGCAAUGGUCAAUGUUAUUCUAGAUGCCAAAAACCAGUCCUUCAAACUUUGUGCUGUUGAUGGCGUUGAUGUGCAUCAGUACCACACGAAGAUUGAUGACUUGAUAGAGAGAACAAGCAGUUCCAUGACUCAGGGUAUGGUAGCCAAGCUACUUUCAGUUUUGGAGUCGGUCAUAUCCAAACUAGGAAGAUAUGACGAGGGUAGUUUCAUUGGAUCAAUUUUGUCAUUUACGUACAAGCAGAAUGUCAGUGGAUCUGGAAAGGAACUUGGGAAAGCCUACAUUAACUUUGCAAGGAAUUCAAUGGAUCAGAUUAGACAAAAAGUCAAUGAUGAACUAUGGAUCCUCAAUUUAUUUGAGCAAUGGUAUGCAGCACAGGUGACCAUGCUUUGCUCAUGGUUAAGUGAAAGGCUUGACCACAAUCUUCAUCCGUACCAGUGCACCUGUUUAGCACACAUUGUUAAGCUCAUAUUCUCAGAUUUCACAGCGUAUGGGCUAGGUCACGAACAGACUGGGUUACAAGCUUACAUGGUGGUGAGUCAACGUGUGGAAGCAGAGCAUCAGCGACUUGUACGAAGCGGCAAACUCAAGGAAUAAGUCACCCCUUCCCGUCGUCCAAACAUGUCCCGUGUCGUUGUAUUAGACUUGGCUCUUUUCUUAAAGGGAUGAGUGCUUAAAGUUUGGUUACUUAAGAGUAUUAAACUUUUAUGUGAUUGCUGAUUUCCAUAAAAGUUGAAUAAUUGCAGAAUGGAGAGUUUUGUGUAAAGGAAUUAGUAGAGAAACAUUAUCAUAUUGGAAUGUCAAUAAAGUGAAUUUUUAUGAUGCAUAGAUUUUAAGCACUCUACCCAAAACACAGACUCAGACUUCCCAGUAGCCUUGGAAGUCACUCGAAAAACUGUGGAGACGGUGGCCGCUGACAUCCAACUGUUCGUUUGUGACUGUAUCAACUCUUCUAGUUGCUUAGCUCUAUUACAGUCUUGAUGUGUUGAUACUCUGCUUCGUACAACCUUCUCUUCCAAAACCACAUUACUUACAUUUCAUCAUACCCAUAAAAUAUUUUUAUUCUUUUUCCUCUAUUUAUUUAGAAUUUUAUUAAAAUCUACUGUUUGAUUCUGUUGUAAUUAUAUAGCCUUAAUACCCCUUUCUGAGGAAAAUACUCAAAAAGAGUACUAAUUAGAUACAUAAAAUGAAUACAAAACUUAAAGCAAUGAAUUAACAUAAUUUUGAAAUUGUUUUUGUCAUGUAACACGCAGUUUCAUGAAAUAUUUUCGUUGCUUAGUAUACAUACUACUAGUAUCUUUAUAAUAGUGGGUGUAAAUGGUAAAUACAUUUUACCUAUUGAGCAACAGUAUUAUAGAUGACAUUUAAAAAAAAUUACAAAAUGGUAAUUGUUAGUCAUGAAGAACUUUUUGGAAUAUAUUCAUUCAAUUUAGAUUUUUUGUACUAAUCAGGCAGACAGUACUAAGGGAAUUAGUCUCGCAGCCAGGUUGAAUAGGAAGCAAGUAGUUUAGUUUUAGUUUUAGACAUGUUUGAGAUGUUUGAGAUGUACCAUUCUCUUUUUAGUAGUAUUCUCUUAGGAGCUAUAGUACUGUCAUUGGUUUAGUUAUAUGUAUUAUGUAAAUUGCAUAUAAUUUUUAACGUUAUUUAGGACAAUGUUCACUCUCAAUAAAUACAGAAAAAACUAAGAGGAUUAAUCUCUUCAGAGUCUGCAUAGAAUAUAAGGUUAAUUGACUUUCACCUUUUUCAUUAUUUUAAUACGUAGUACUACAGUGUAUUGUGUUAGGAUUUUAUAAAGAAUGGUGAUGCAUAUCCAGAAAAUAUUGCUCAUUACUUUGUACCAUUUGGUCUCCAAGUUGAAUAAAAUUCAAGCUACGUCUAUUUAAAAAAUCUACAAAUAAUAUUCAAGAUUUUAAGUUUCCCUCGUAUAUGGCUCAACUAUAUUAGGAGCACUUACAGUUUUGUUUGAGUGAUGGCAGGUACCUGUGUGUGCUGAACUCUCUGAUUCAUGUGACCUUCAUUUCAUUAGUUGUUAGGUGUUAAGAAUAAAAUUCCUCUCAAGUUACAAUGCAGUUAAUAUCCAUAAAACAUGUCACUAUGCAGAAAUGUUGUAGGGUGAACAUAACCCAUAAUUCUGCUUUCAUUUAGCUAAUGAACAUCAUUGCCUACCUUAAACAUACCUGGAACACUUACAUUGGCCUUCAUCCAAGCAUAGCUUAUCUUAAAUGUGCUUCUAACAUUGACAAUGACAUUCAUCGUAGCUUAGCCUAGCCAAUCAUAAACAUGUUUUAAAACAUUUACAUUAUCCUUCAUUGUAGUCUACCUUUAAUGUGCCUAGAACACAUAGUGAACUAAGAACACAGUAACCUACAGCCAUCAUCUCUGUUGGCCCAGCUCGUUUCUUCCCGAUAACAGUGCUUUAACAGGUGCUGGACAUUUCACAGCAUCAUUAAUUAUUUUCUUAUCCCUCAAGAGGGUAGAGAUUAUCAGUUGUGAAAGCCUUCGUGCUUGCCUGUUAUCUUCCUUUUCUCGGUAGGAGUAAUUUUUUUCCUUCUCUUGUCAUUAGCAGAGGAUUCAGAUGGUCAUUUUAUAGUCACAGUAGAUUCUUAUAGAGAGUACUGGAAAAUAGUUGUAACACAGAAGGUUACAAUGUAUCGUUUUCUUGAACCAAGUGAUUGUGUGGCAGACUAAGAGAAAAGCAGCACGGGUGUUGUCUGGGUGCCCUUGAUUGUAAGAGUAUCAUACCCAGUAACACUUGUUCAGUAAAAAAUAUCAAAAUUCAAAAUUUUGAAGUAGAGUACUGUGUAGCCUUGCUAUUGUUAUCAUUAAUUGAAAAAUCAUAAGGUAAACAGUUGUAACCGGGGGACAAUAUGAUUGUAUAUUCUGAGAGAUGAACCGUGGAUCUCAGGCCACUAGAAUAGUCAACAAGGUUCUGCUAUUCAAAUCAUGAAGGCGGGAAGAUUUAGUGAACGAAGAAUAUAUAUAAAUUGAUGCAUCUAGCUAUUUGGAAACUCACUGAUAUUGUAUGAAAAGUUUCAUUAUUGAAAAUGACUUAGUAUCAUAUUAUCAAUGCUUUUCAGAUGAUCAGCUGAAGUGAGACAGCAGUUGUACUUUAUAAGUUGUAGCAAGACAGAAGACUAAAUAAAAAGGCAGUGGGAGUUGAGGGCUUGUGUUAUCUAAUUACAUAUAGUUAAUACUAAAAUGGCUAAAGAAGGAUAAUUUGUGGUUUGAUGAACCCUAAUCAUUGAUCAUCAUUCCUUAUCUCUCAACAAUCAUGAAGGGAUCAUGUUUUCUAGAACCUUGUUCCUUGACAUUCAUUUGCAUCCAACCUAUGCAAACUAGAGAAAGAUAUUUUGCAUUUACUGGUGGGUCCAGAGGGAGUAUGCAUGAAAAUUCAUUCUUCUUUUGUAAGACAAAGGCUAGGGUGGUGCUUAGGGACAUUGAAGAUAGCAAGUGUGGGCACAAUAUGACAGAUGGGUUUGUAUGAAAAAAUUAAAACCAAGUAUCCUCUGAUAUAGGAAACCACUUUUAUUUAUAUUUUCAAUGAUGCCUCUACUUUCAAAUUGAUAAUACCAAUUAAAAUCAGUAGUGUUGAAAUUUGAAGACAAGCAGAUAAACUUAGUAAUUGGUAAGAACUUACUUUGAAACCAUGAAAGACAAGGAUGAAGAUGCCAAAUAAAUAUACUAAAUGGAAGAACAGAAAAAUUUUUUAACAUCACCAUUCAAUUAGCAUUGUAUCUAUGAAAUUUUUAGUAGAAACAAAAUAUUUAUUAUACUUAGUUCCAAGACAUUAAUACAAAACAUUUUUCUUGAAGAAUUUCCAGACAGCACAUUUUUUUAAAUUUCUAAAUAAACAGACAGUGAUGGGACAUUCAUAUAUUAAUUUCCGUACCUAGCAGCUGCAACAAGGUAUACUUUAUUGGUGACUGGAAAAUACUAAGUACGUACUGUUGUACACUCAAACAGAAAUAUAGGAACUAACAAAAUAACAACUUAGGUAUACUAUUUGAAGGACAACGCAGUCACUAAACCACUUGUAUAUGAGCAAAACCCAGAGAAUCAGAGGAUAAAUGAAAUAGUAUUAUGGCAUUUAUCUUCUUCAUGCAUGUACAUCUAAUUCAGUUUUGUUUUAAUUUUUUUUAUUCCAUUUUAAUACCAAAAAAGUGAAACUGGGAAAAUAUCAGUUGCAUUUUCCAAAGAUUAUUUAGUGACUUCUGGGUAUUUUCUGCUCCUAAAUUAGACCCCAGUGGGAAGGAUACAUUUUGGACAGUGCUGCUGGCUAUUUUAUGUUAUUCUUUCUUGUUUAACCCAAAUGAUAAGGAUGGUCUUGUUGAGCUGUUUACAUCAGUGCACCAUGCCACUACUUUGAUAAGAGGAAUCAUGACAUACAUAUACCAGCAUCUGUAAAUAGUACUGUAUAAUUUACUACAGAUGGUUGUAAUGGAUUUUUUUAACACUUUACCUUUUGGGAAAUGUACACUGUAUCAUACACUUAGAACAUUAAGUUGAUAGAAUACUAUUUAGAAAAUGUCUAAAUAUUAGUUCCAUAUGGUGGACAAUUUUGAAUAAUUUGUGAAGAUGCUUAAAAUUAAAUAGUCUUACUCUGGCAAUUAAUAAUGUAAUUGGUUUUUGCUUCCAUCAUUUAUUUGUAUUAAGAUGUUAGUUUAUGCAGUUAAAUUGUUUUGAUGUUAGGUAGUUCUGCCUUAUGUAAAAUAACACUUAUCUUUCAGACCAUAGGAAUUGUACAUGUACUCUGCUGUAAUAUUACAGAUCUUUUGGACUAGUAUAAUGAAAAUCAAUGUCUCUUGUGAAUUAAAAGUUUGGAAAAGAAGAUGAUCUUUAGUCUUUUUUUAUUGGUGACAUUAGGAACAAAUAGGUGUAUGCCCUGGUAGUACAAAAAUAAUUUACCUAGUUUUUAAGAUUAGCCUUUAAACAGAUGUUCUUCUGAAAUUUUCUUUAAAAAAGUUUUAGGUAAUUUGAAAAUGUAAUUUCUUAUAGAAACGUAAUUACGGAGGUAUAAUGUAUAAUAGGUCCAGUUUUUAUGUAAAAUGGCUGCUAAAUUGGAUACUUCUACCAAAGUUGAUGGACCAUCUUUUUUCUCAAUGUUGCCUCACCUUCAAGUGAAUGUAAAAUUGUUCUUAAUUAUGGAAAGGAAAUAAUUUUUUCAUGGAACUUAAGGGCCUUUGUCUUAUUUUAAUUCUUUUGAUUUGGUUUUGGGAAUUUAUUUCAUGAAAACAUAUACAUGAUAUUUCCUCAAGUAAUUUGGGUUAAAGAAAAAUAGCUAUUAUUCUUCUCUUUCAGUAGGUGGUAGCAAGUGCCAUUUAAAAUAGGAUUUAAUUUUUCUCUUAGCAGCACGAUACCAUACUUAUACUCUUCAUGCAAAAUUCAGCAGAUUUUAGAUUGAUUAGAAAAAAAUUUCUAAGCUAAGAACAAGAGCCAUGUGUUAACCAUGAUGAUACAGUAAUAGGUAAUAGUUCAUUUGACACUUCAUCCUUUUAAGUUGAUUUUUAAAGAAAAUGGCAUAACAUUUGUAAACAUUUCUAAUUAAAUCAUAAAGGGUUAUAGUACUACCAAAGCUCAGAUGAGGCUUAGAACACAGAAACAAUUCGGAAGUAGAUCAUGGCACAUUCAUUAUUUUAUUGUUAUGAAAAAGAGCUUUUGUAGAAUGUCUCUUUUGGACAUUUUCACCAUAAUGUUAGAUAAAAGAGCUCAUGUUACUCAUACUUGGUAAAUGUGACGUAGAAGCAACAGUGUAAAUAGAGGAAAGUUUCACUCUCAGAUUCCAAAGCUCAUAGGUACAUUUGAAGCUUAUGAAAAGCAUCUUCAUCAUUAGGAAAUCUAUCUUGAAAAAUAAGUAAUAAGGAUUCAAGUUGCAGACAAGAAAAAAGACCCCCCCACUGUAUUGUUCAUUUAUGUUAUGCUUUGACCAUACAAAUGUUUUCAGUAACUAUUUAACAGUGUUUAUUUUCAUAUACUUAAACAUACAUUAAGGCAUUGAAAAUGGAACAAAAAUUAUUUAUAAAUUAGAUCUGGUAAACUCGAUGUAUUAAGGAGUCAUAAUGUGUAUGAAUGAUUCAGUUAUUGUUAAUUGGAAGUGGUCCAAAUGAGCCAUAUACUGUUCUGUCAAUUCCAUUCAACAAGUGGUAGCUUUUGUGUGGCAUACUAUACAGAAUCAAGCUUUCGGGAUGAGUCGUAGCAUAGAAAGUAAAUUAGUGUUUUCAAGAUGAGUGUCAUAUACUAUACAUUUCAUUAAUGUUCAUAUUACUGCUAAUAUUAAAACAGAUUUGAUUAACGCAUUCAGUUACUCUAUAUUGUCAUUUUACUCAGGGAUUAGGGAUGAGUAAGGAUAUGUUUUUACAACAGACUUAUCUUUUCAUUUACAUAUGAAAACAAUGGUGCAUACAGUACUCAGAAUACCAUUGACAUUAUAUACUUACUUUAAGCAAACUUUCCACAACUGGUUACCGAACAAGCAGUCCAUUGAAAUGGAUGUGCCAGAGUUCAGAAUAAAUGGUUUAAAGACAUGUACACAAAUCUAUAUGGACAAAUAAGACUUUGAAGUGCCAUUAUGCUGAAUAUUUAACCCAGUUUUC